GUCACCUUUUCUUGAUCCCGACCCUCCAGCCAAUCAGCGGCUGUCAGGGACACAUGAACGGCGAUAAUAUCCGCGGAACAGCCGCUGCAGGCAGGAGGAACAAAGAAAGCCGCUCGCUGUUCGUAAGGCGUCCUUUCACUUCGUCAACACGGACGUAUACCGUGUUGGAUUAGGUCUGUGUGGGUUUUUGUUUGUCUUUAGCGUAAAGUCAUUACCGUAACUAUUACAUGUUAUUCUACGUAUUAAUUCCGAGCAGUCGUUUUCACUGAGGAAAGAGGAAACUUGGCGUCGUGAGAGGUGGUUUAGUUUUUUCUUUCGUCGGGUCGGCUUUCUCGAAACCCUCCAGCUUUGGAUGCGCUUGCCGGAGGUCUGUGUGUGGGAUCAAAUUGUACCCUAGUGGACUCGCGGAUGUGGCAAGAAUAAAUCCCCUUUUCUAUUGGACCUACUUGGAUCAACUCGGCAUGGUUCGCUAUGGUUUUCAGGUUUUUCCAUUAGGUCACAGUACCUGGUUCUUUUGUUAGUACCUGCUCGCCCGGGCUUCCAAGCGAUCCAAGAAAUAACAAAGACUUCAUUGUGUGACCCUCACUCCCACCACCCCACACUGUUCCCUUUUGACCUGGCAGAGAUGCAUUUUUGUCAAGGAGUUUGCACUCAGAUGGAUUAAGAGGAGUGUUGUUUCCCCUGGUUGAAGACGGUACUUUCCAACCAGACUCUGCAUUACCAUUGCGCCCAUGAGGUAACGUCAGGACUUACCGGCCCCUCAUUAUCACCCUUGGUCCAUCCAUUUCCCUCCCCUCUGACCCUUCCUUCCUUGCACCUUCCCAACCAUGGGCCAAAAGAUCUCUGGAACCAUUAAGUCAGUCGACGUACGUGGAGAGCCAUCAUACAGGCCUGUUCGACGUGAACUGCGGGGCCCAGAUUUCUGUCGGCCACCUAGGCUGGACUUGCUGCUGGACAUGCCCCCUGCAAGCCCAGAGACUCAGCUUCAGCACGCCUGGAACCCUGACGACCGAUCACUCAAUGUCUUUGUUAAGGAGGAUGACAAGCUGACGUUCCACAGACACCCUGUAGCACAAAGCACAGACUGUAUCCGAGGUAAGGUGGGAUAUACAAGGGGCCUCCAUGUAUGGAGGAUUCACUGGCCAGCCAGACAGAGAGGCACCCACGCUGUUGUGGGAGUGGCCUCUGCUGAAGCGCCUCUACACUCGGUGGGCUACACAGCCUUGGUGGGCUCAGACUCGGAGUCCUGGGGCUGGGACUUGGGUCGGAACAGACUCUACCAUGAUGGGAAGAACCGGCCUGUUUCCACAUCAGCACCCACAUAUCCCUCUUUCCUGGAGCCAGAUGAAUCGUUUGUGCUUCCGGACUGUCUGACAGUGAUACUAGACAUGGAUGAAGGCACGCUGAGCUUCAUGGUAGAUGGACAGUACUUAGGAGUGGCUUUCAGGGGGCUGAAGGGCAAGAGACUCUAUCCUAUCGUCAGCGCUGUGUGGGGGCACUGUGAAGUGUCGAUUCGUUACGUUAACGGACUAGAUCCGGAGCCCCUCCCCCUCAUGGACCUGUGCAGACGAGUAGCUCGACUGGCUCUGGGUAGAGAGCGCAUCCAUCACAUUGACACACUCCCCUUGCCGCAGACACUAAAGAACUACCUCCAGUACCAGUGACGGCACAUACACAUUAAACGCACACAGCAAGAAACUGAGGCCCAUUUGUUCUUAUGGUAACCAGCCUCUGGACUGAACAUCAGACAUCUGCUGAGGAUGCAGGCGAUGACAUUGAACAGGUGGUUAAGAUGCCACCGCAAAGGGUUUUGUUUACACAAGUUUGGGGGUUUUCCAUUUUGGGUGUUUUUAUCUUCUGGUUUUAUGCUUUUUUUUUUUUUGACUUGUUUCCAUCUUCUGACAGAUGACUAUAGGAGCUGAUGAAUGAAAUGAAGGGAGCGAGAGAUUAAAAGAGAACGUGUCAAUCCAUUUUCCUAUGUCGAGUCUAACCACAUGUCCUCAGAUAGAAAUGCUGUGGUUUUCGGGUAACAGUUUACCCAGACAUCUGCUGUGCACAGACUCUGUGGAGGCUUCCUCGGGAACAUAUUGAUAUUUAUAUUCCCAA